AUGGCGAACAAGAAUCAAGCAAUGGGUGACACACAGAGCGAUGCCGAGCCUGGGAAGUCACCCAGCCCAACAACGUCACCCCAUACAGUUAACAACAGCGGUAUGCAAAAACAACCGACCACGCCAAAAUUUGACGUUAAAUCGAUCAAUCCCAAAACGCACCAGACACGAGCUCUGCCAGACAAUACACGUCGCGGCAUUGAUGGGAUUUUUUACAUGGGUCGUGGACAUCGAGGUGUCAUUAAUUCCAGCUCUCGACCAUUUUCAUUCACGCCUCGUGCCAUAUGGCAUCCGCAGCCCAACAAUACCAAUGUGCGCCGAUCCGAAGCUUCGGGCAAUUCGAUACAACAUGCAAGCGGUGCUGCAGCAGCUGCUUCAGAUCCAGCUGCAAAUGGCGGAGGUAAUAACCAGAAUGCCGGCGAUUGUGUCCGCACUCCUAAAACUGUGAGAUCGCCGGUGACACGUACUUUUCUUAAUGCAGCAUUGCGUGGAGGCCGAAACUGGCGCGGCAAUGCAGCAGCAGCGGCAGCACGCUCAAAUCAGAAUAACACGGCCAGAACCGAUUCCAGCUCGCGACAAGUCAACACAGCGCGACAAGUUACCUUCAGCGAAAGUACAACGCAAGUAAGCAGCGCGGAGCCAACGAUUGUCGAAGCUCAGCUUCCUGGAAUAAAGAGAGAACCAAGACAACGACAAAAUAAUUAUCCAUUGCUUUAUGUUUCUGCUUCUGGUACCAUAUCCGUCGUACUCGAAAAGGAUCUUAUCGUUGAGAUGUCAGUCGAUCGAGCUAUACGUGUAUCGUGCGUUGGCAAAUUUGCAGUAAGUUCAUCCAGAUUCACUGCUAAACGAUCUUUUGGGAAAAUAAUAGAGCGCCCCAGUGGCACUAAUUUUAGGCGGCUUGUAACGAAAACGGCACCGCUGCUUCUCUGCUACACAAGAAAGCACGUAUUCUUCAUAACAAUGAAAAAAUCUUCUGCAAUUUCGGACACCCAAGUAAGUUCCUUUUCGUUAAUUAUUCAUCAUCCCAGGAUGGAAGAAGGGGAGGUAGGUACGGAUGUGGAGAACGACAGGGAAAAAUGA